CACAUGAUGAACUGUGAAUCGGUGGUGGCCUGCAGCUCUUGCCCACAGUUUCUCUGGAGGGAAGGGCUGUGGAGGCUCUGGGGUGUGAGAAACCUUUUAACCUUAGGAUCACUGGCUUGACGAACUGCUGGAACACAAAAGUGGAAUAAUCUGUUUGGGACCCUUGGUGUAUGGAAAGAGAGCAGCUUCCUUACUGUAAGGUUGCUGGAAAAACAAUUUUUGGAUUUUUUUCACCUGAACGAGUCUCUGAAGCUGCAUAACCAUGCAGACUGAGGAGAUAGAGGAAGAGUAUGAUGAGUUUGAGGAAGAGCUUAUGGAGUAUUUUGAGGAGGGGCCGACGACCCAGAUCGUACAGCAUACAUGGCAUACGGAGACAAAGGUCGGGGGUCCUCAGACAAAGGUAGGGGUUCAUCAGACAAAGGAAGCAGGUCUCCCUACCAGAAGGGUGAGGAAGAGGGAGAAGGUGGACACUUCCAAGUUCAUGACCCCCUACCUGGCACACAGCAAGAAGAUGAUGGACCUCUUCAGCCAUAACAAGUACCGCGAGGCCUAUGACAAGAGCAAAGGUCAGCCGUAUGAAAUCUCGUCGGAAACCCCUGAGAUGAUCAGGAUUAAGAAGGCGCAGGAGCAGCUGAGUGAGGUGAAAUAUCGUAUGGAUGGAUUGAAAUCUCAGAAUGAGAGCAACUAUGAUGGGGAGGCCAGAGAUAUUACUCAUGCAAUGCAUGUCAGUGACUUGGUCAGCAAGGUUCUGUACAAGCAAAACUGGGAAGAGACCAAGGACAAGUACCUGCUCCCCCCAGAUGCCCCAGAGCUGGUCCUGGCAGUGAAGAAUGCUGCCAACUACAGCAAGAAACUGUACACGGAGGCAUGGGACGAUGACAAGACCAUGUACUACCCCUACAGUGACAGCCCUGAGCUCCGUCGUGUUGCAAAGGCCCAGGAGAUCAUCAGUGAUAUCAAGUAUAAGGAGGGUCACGAUGAACGAAAGGCCAAGUACACUCCACUGGCUGACCCUCCAGAUGUUGAACUGGCCAAACAAGUGUUCAACCAGCGCAGUGAUCUCAAGUACCAUGAGGACUAUAAUACGAACGUUAAAGGGCAGUGGUGUGAGACGCCAUACUUUGACGUGGCUGUUGGAAAAAUGGCAAUGGAUAAUCUUAGCAAUAAAAAAUACACUGCGGACUAUGAAGAAGGCAAAGACCAGAUUUACUUCAUGCAGACAGAAACUCCAGAGUACCGCACGCACAAGAAGGCUGGCAGCGACUCUAGCGCGCUGAAGUACAAGCAGGAUUAUGAGAACACAAAAGCUGAGGCCGAUUACAACGUCCUCCCUGCUACAGAAAACCCCCUGCUCAGACAGAUGAGAUACGCCGGCACUAUUCUGAGUGAUAAAGUUUAUAAGGAUAACUACGAGAAAACAAGAGGAUUCAGUAUCAACUACUGUGAAACCCCCAAGUUCAAAGUAGACAACGUGUUAAAGAAUUUCAAUGAUACGCAUUAUAAAGACAAGUAUGACCGUGAGGUAAAGGGACAUUAUAUUGGCAGCUAUGAGGACGUCUACAUGCUUCACUGUCAGAAAAUGGAGGAGCAGAAGAGUGAUAUAAAUUAUAAAGCUGAUUAUGAAGAUAUGAAGACAAAGUGCUAUUUUCCUCAAACCAUGAGUCCUGAAUAUGAAGCCAUAAAGAAGUUAGACGACUGUAAAGAUAACGUUUAUAAGCAGCACCCAGACACGGUCAAGUUCACCCAAGUUACAGACUCUCCAGUUCAGCAACAGGCUGCCAUUAACGCCAAACAGCUUAGUGAUCUCAAUUACAAGGCGGACUAUGAAAAGCAAAAGAUUCAGUACUCCUUGCCUCCUGAUUACCCCUUCUUUGUUCAGUCCAGAGCCAACGCCUACAAUCUAAGUGAUAACUGUUAUAAGCAUGACUGGGAGAAAUUAAAAGCCAAGAAGUUUGAAGUGAAGUUUGAUGCAAUUCCAAUCCUGGCGGCUCGUGCCCACACCAACAUUGCCAGCGAUAUAAAGUAUAAGAAGGAGUUUGAGAAGGCCAAAGGCCGGAUGGUUGGUGCCCUCAGUAUUCAAGAUGACCCUAAGAUCAUGCACUCUGUCCACGUGGCCAAAAUGCAGAGUGAACGUGAGUACAAGAAGGACUAUGAGAAAUCGAAGACCAAGUACCACGCCCCACUCGACAUGAUGCUGGUCACUCUGGCCAAGAAGUCUCAGGGCAUCGCCAGCAACCUGGGAUACAAGCAACUGCAUCACCGCUACUUUCUUCCCCCUGACAGCGUGUCUCUGGAACUUGCCAAAAAAGCCAACGUGCUCCAGAGCGAGAUCGAUUACAGGUCUGAGUACAAUAGCUUCACCAAAGGAACCCCCUGGGUCCCCUAUGGCUCCAUGGACGUGGAGAAAGCCAAGAAGGCUGCGGAGGUCCUCAGUGAGAGGAAUUACAGACAGCACCCCGACACCGUCCCAUUCACUUCCGUAGAAGACGACCCUGUGAUGGUCCAGGCCCAGGUCAACCAGAUCCAAAGGAGUGAUCUGAAUUAUAAGAAAGGGCUAGACGCUAUCCAUCAGAAAUACUCUCUGCCUGCUGAUGUCCCAGAGCUGCUCCAAGCCAAGGUCAACGCCUACAACGUCAGCCAGAAAAACUACAAGUAUGACUGGCAGAAAACCAUCGCUAAGGGGUACGACAUGAAGAAGGAUGCUAUUCCCAUCAUUGCUGCAAAGAAAGCACGCCAUGCAGCCAGCGAUGUUCAGUACAAGUUAGCCUUCAUGAAUAACAGGGGUAAACACGUGGGCUUCCGCAGCCUGCAGGACGACCCCUUCCUGGUGAACUCCAUGAACGUGGCAAAGAUGCAGAGCGAUAGGAACUACACAAAGGACUAUCACCAGGCCAAGCUCAAGUACCAUACUCCUGUGGACAUGCUCAGUGUCGUGCAAGCCAAGCAGGCCUCAGCCGUCAACACCGACAUCGGCUACAGAAGGAUCCGUCACCAUUACACCAUGCUGCCUGAUGCCAUGUCUCUGCAGCUGGCUCGUAACAUGAACAACAUCUCCAGCGAUUACAACUACAAAUCAGACUACGAGGGGUGUGUGAAGGGGAUAGGAUGGAUCCCCAUUGGUUCUUUGGAUGUAGAGAAGGCCAAGAUGGCAGCACAGGCGCUGGACGAGAAGAAUUACCGUCAGCAUCCCAGCACCCUGAAGUUCACCAGCCCCCUGGACUCUGUGAACCUGGUUUUGGCCGCGGCCAACAGCAAGCAGCUGAAUGAAAGAGACUACAGGGCCAGUGGAGAGAAGGUCAAACAUACCUAUCAUCUCCCAGCCGACACACCGGAACUUCUCCAGGCCAAGUAUAAUGCUGCCAACUUCAGCCCGACAUAUUACAAGUAUGAUUAUAAAAGGGACCUGCUCAAAGGUCAUCACCUGAAAGAAGAUGCUAUUCCUGUUGUUGCUGCCAAGUCUUCCAGAAAUAUUGCCAGUGAUUACAGGUACAAGUUAGACUACAUGAAAGCCAGAGGUCACCACGUGGGCUGCCGUAGCCUGCAGGACGACCCCUUGCUGGUGAACUCCAUGAAAGUGGCAAAGAUGCAGAGCGAUAGGAACUACACAAAGGACUAUCACCAGAUGAAGCUCAAGUACCACGCUCCUGUGGACAUGCUCAGUGUCGUGCAGGCUAAGCAGGCCUCAGCCGUCAACACCGACAUCGGCUACAGAACGAUCCGUCACCAUUACACCAUGCUGCCUGAUGCCAUGUCUCUGCAGCUGGCUCGUAACAUGAACAACAUCUCCAGCGAUUACAACUACAAAUCAGAGUACGAGGGGUGUGUGAAGGGGAUAGGAUGGAUCCCCAUUGGCUCUUUGGAUGUAGAGAAGGCCAAGAUGGCAGCACAGGCGCUGGACGAGAAGAAUUACCGUCAGCAUCCCAGCACCCUGAAGUUCACCAGCCCCCUGGACUCUGUGAACCUGGUUUUGGCUGCGGCCAACAGCAAGCAGCUGAAUGAAAUGAACUACAAGGCCUCUGGUGAGAAAUUCAUGCACACCUACAACCUGCCUGUUGAUGCCCCUGAGUUCCUCCAAGCCAGAUACAAUGCUUCAAAUUACAGCCCGACUGUCUACAAGGAGGCCUGGAGGAAACACAUCGCCAAGGGAUAUGACAUGAGACCAGAUGCUAUUCCCAUUGUCGCUGCGAAGCUGGGACGACAUAUUGCCAGCAACUAUCAAUACAAGAAAGAAUUUGAGAAAGCCAAAGGUCACCACGUGGGCUGCCGUAGCCUGCAGGACGACCCCUUGCUGGUGAACUCCAUGAACGUGGCAAAGAUGCAGAGCGAUAGGAACUACACAAAGGACUAUCACCAGAUGAAGCUCAAGUACCACGCUCCUGUGGACAUGCUCAGUGUCGUGCAGGCUAAGCAGGCCUCAGCCGUCAACACCGACAUCGGCUACAGAACGAUCCGUCACCAUUACACUCUGCUGCCUGAUGCCAUGCCUCUGCAGCUGGCUCGUACCAUGAACAACAUCGGCAGCGAUUAUGAAUACAAGAGCGAAUAUAACAGCUGUAUGCGAGGAAUAGGCUGGGUGCCCCUUGGUUCACUGGGAGUGGAGACUGCCAGGAUUGGUGGAGAGAUACAGAGUGAACAUAGGUACCGCACUCAUCCCUCCACGUUCAAGGCCACAAAACUGAUGGACUCCAUGGAUAUAGUCCUUGCCACUGCCAACAAUCAGAUCAUGAAUCAGAAAGCAUACACGGAAGCUUGGAACAAAGAUAAGCUCAAAGUCCACAUCAUGCCAGACAGUCCUGAGAUUGUUUUGGCAAAAGCUAACAAAAUCAACAUGAGCGACAAACUCUACAAAGCCAGCAGAGGGGUAUUAGCCCAGAAAGGUUAUAACCUCAAACCAGAUGCCAUCUCAAUUCAGGCAGCAAAGGCCUCCAGGAACAUCGCCAGUGAUUACAGGUACAAGUCUGCCUUCAUGCAAGCCAGAGGUCACCACGUGGGCUUCCGUAGCCUGCAGGACGACCCCAUGCUGGUGCACUGCAUGAACGUGGCAAAGAUGCAGAGCGAUAGGAACUACACAAAGGACUAUAACCAGAUCAAGCUCAAGUACCACGCUCCCAAAGACAUGCUCAGUGUCGUACAAGCCAAGCUGGCCUCUACCAUCGCCUCCGACAUCGGCUACAGAACGAUCCGUCACCAUUACACUCUGCUGCCUGAUGCCAUGCCGCUGCAGCUGGCUCGUACCAUGAACAACAUCGCCAGUGACUAUGAAUACAAGAGCGAAUAUAACAGCUGUAUGCGAGGAAUAGGCUGGGUGCCCCUUGGUUCACUGGGAGUGGAGACUGCCAGGAUUGGUGGAGAGAUACAGAGUGAACAUAGGUACCGCACUCAUCCCUCCACGUUCAAGGCCACAAAACUGAUGGACUCCAUGGAUAUAGUCCUUGCCACUGCCAACAAUCAGAUCAUGAAUCAGAAAGCAUACAAGGAAGCUUGGAACAAAGAUAAGCUGAAAGUACACAUCAUGCCAGACAGCCCUGAGAUCAUUUUGGCAAAAGCUAACAAAAUCAACAUGAGCGAUAAACUCUACAAAGCCAGCAGAGGGGUAUUAGCCCAGAAAGGUUAUAACCUCAAACCAGAUGCCAUCUCAAUUCAGGCAGCAAAGGCCUCCAGGAACAUCGCUAGUGAUUACAGGUACAAGUCUGCCUUCAUGAAAGCCAGAGGUCAUCACGUGGGCUGCAAAAGCCUGCAGGACGACCCCUUGCUGGUGAACUCCAUGAAAGUGGCAAAGAUGCAGAGCGAUAGGAACUACACAAAGGACUAUCACCAGAUGAAGCUCAAGUACCAUGCUCCCGCAGAUACGCUGAGUGUGGUACAGGCCAAGCUGGCCUCUACCAUUGCCUCCAACAUUGGCUACAAACAGAUAUUCGCAAGCAACAAGCUUCUUCCUGAUGCCUUGUGCUUCCAGCUGGCUCGCAAUAUGCAGACUAUCGCUAGUGAUAAUGUGUACAAAAGUGAGUAUGACAGCUUCAUGAAAGGCAUGGGAUGGAUACCCAUUGGUUCUCUGGAUGUGGAGAAAGCAAAGACGGCAGCAGCCAUCUUAGAUGAAAAGCACUACCGCCAGCACCCCAGCAACUUCAAGUUCACAAAAGACAUGCAGUCUAUGGAUGUUGCUCUGGCCACAGCCAACAAGCAGAUUGGUGACAAGCAUGCAUAUGUACAGGCCUGGGAGAAGGACAAGACCAAGGUACACGUCAUGCCUGACUCCAUGGAGGUGACUCUGGCACGACAGAACAAGACAACCUACAGUGAGAAACAGUACAGACUUGCUAAUGAACUUGCUAAGAAGAAGGGCCACAACCUGCGUGAAGAUGCCAUCUCUGUUCUUGCUGCUAAAGCCUCCAGAGACAUUGCCAGUGAUUACAAAUACAAGACAGCUUACCGUAAGCAAGUUGGACACCACAUUGGAGCACGCAGCCUCCAAGAUGACCCAUUGAUGAUGCUGGCCUUGAACUCGGCUAAGAUUGCCAGUGAUGCGCUCUACAAGAAGGACUUCAACCAGUGCAAGACUAGAUUCAAACUUCCAGUGGAUAUGCUGGCCUUUGAGCUGGCUAAGAAGUGCCAGAUUCAAGUCAAUGAUGACAAAUACAGAACCCGCCUGCACAACUGGACCUGUCUGCCUGAUUCCACUGAAGUUGUUCAUGCUAAACAUGUCUAUGACCUGCAGAGUGAUAAUGCUUACCAGGCAGACCUGAAAUGGCUUAAGGGUUUGGGCUGGGUCCCCAUUGGCUCACUUGACGUUGAGAAAGUGAAAAAGGCAGCAGAGAUCCUGAGCGAGAAGCUCUACCGCCAGCACCCCAGCACCUUCAAGUUCAAAAGCACAACUGAAGACAUGCCACUUGCUCUGGCUAAAGCCAAUGCACAAAUUAACAACAAGCAUGCAUAUGUUGAAGCCUGGGAGAAGGCCAAGACCAAGGUACACAUCAUGCCUGACUCCAUGGAGGUGACCCUGGCACGACAGAACAAGACAACCUACAGUGAGAAAAAGUACAGACUUGCGAAUGAAGAAUCCAAGAAGAAGGGCCACAACCUGCGUGAAGAUGCCAUCUCUGUUCUCGCUGCUAAAGCCUCCAGAGAUAUUGCCAGUGAUUACAAAUACAAGACAGCCUACCGUAAGCAGGUUGGACACCACAUUGGAGCACGCAGUCUCCAAGAUGACCCAUUGAUGAUGCUGGCCUUGAACUCGGCUAAGAUUGCUAGUGAUGCGCUCUACAAGAAGGACUUCAACCAAUCCAAGACUAAAUUCAACCUCCCAGCAGACAUGCUGGCAAUUGAGCAGGCCAAGAAGUGCCAGAUUCAGGUCAAUGAUGACAAGUAUAGAACAUACCUGCACAACUGGACCUGUCUGCCUGAUUCCACUGAAGUUGUUCAUGCUAAACACGUGUAUGAACUACAGAGUGAUACGGCAUACAAGGCUGACCUGAAAUGGCUUCAGGGAACUGGCUGGGUUCCCAUUGGCUCACUGGACGUGGAGAAAGCCAAGAAGGCAGCAGAGAUCCUGAGCGAAAGGGGCUACCGCCAGCACCCAAGCACCUUCAAGUCCACUUGCACCAUGGACUCCAUGCCCAUCGUUCUGGCUCAAGCCAACAAUAAAUUAAUGGCUCAGCAUUUGUACACUGCAGCAUGGGACAAGGCUAAGACUUCAGUCCACAUCAUGCCAGACACAUUUGAAAUAACUCUGGCACAGCAGAACAAGGCCAUCUACAGUGAGAAACUGUACAAACUGGCUAAUGAACAAUCCAAGAAGAAGGGCCACAACCUGCGUGAAGAUGCCAUCUCUGUUAAGGCUGCAAAAGCCUCCAGAGAUAUUGCCAGUGACUACAAAUACAAGACAGGUUACCGUCAGCAAGUUGGACACCACAUUGGAGCGCGCAGCGUCCAAGAUGACCCAUUGAUGAUGCUGGCUGUGAACUCUGCUAAGAUUGCCAGUGAUGCGCUCUACAAGAAGGACUUCAACCAGUCCAAGACUAAAUUCAACCUCCCAGCAGACAUGCUGGCAAUUGAGCAGGCCAAGAAGUGCCAGAUUCAGGUCAAUGAUGACAAGUAUAGAACAUACCUGCACAACUGGACCUGUCUGCCUGAUUCCACUGAAGUUGUUCAUGCUAAACACGUGUAUGAACUGCAGAGUGAUACGGCAUACAAGGCUGACCUGAAAUGGCUUCAGGGAACUGGCUGGGUUCCCAUUGGCUCACUGGACGUGGAGAAAGCCAAGAAGGCAGCAGAGAUCCUGAGCGAAAGGGGCUACCGCCAGCACCCAAGCACCUUCAAGUCCACUUGCACCAUGGACUCCAUGCCCAUCGUUCUGGCUCAAGCCAACAAUAAAUUAAUGGCUCAGCAUUUGUACACUGCAGCAUGGGACAAGGCUAAGACUUCAGUCCACAUCAUGCCAGACACAUUUGAAAUAACUCUGGCACAGCAGAACAAGGCCAUCUACAGUGAGAAACUGUACAAACUGGCUAAUGAACAAUCCAAGAAGAAGGGCCACAACCUGCGUGAAGAUGCCAUCUCUGUUAAGGCUGCAAAAGCCUCCAGAGAUAUUGCCAGUGACUACAAAUACAAGACAGGUUACCGUCAGCAAGUUGGACACCACAUUGGAGCGCGCAGCGUCCAAGAUGACCCAUUGAUGAUGCUGGCUGUGAACUCUGCUAAGAUUGCCAGUGAUGCGCUCUACAAGAAGGACUUCAACCAGUCCAAGACUAAAUUCAACCUCCCAGCAGACAUGCUGUCCAUUGAGCAGGCCAAGAAGUGCCAGAUUCAGGUCAAUGACGCCUACUACAGAACUUACCUGCACAACUGGACCUGUCUGCCUGACUCCAAUGAUGUUGUCCAGGCCAGGAAAGCAUACGAUCUGCGCAGUGACAGUGUCUACAAGGCUGAUAUGGAAUGGUUGCGGGGUGUGGGCUGGGUUCCCAAAGGCUCACUGGAGGUGGAGAAAGCUAAGAAGGCAGCAGAGAUCCUGAGCGAGAGGCUGUACCGCCAGCACCCAAGCGGUUUCAAGUACACCUGCACGAUGGACUCCAUGCCUGUCGUUCUGGCUCAAGCCAACAAUAAAUUAAUGGAUCAGAAAGCUUAUCGUGAGGUCUGGGACAAAGAGAAGACUAAAGUCCACAUCAUGCCUGACACACCUGAGAUUAUGCUGUCCAGGCAGAACAAAAUCAACAUCAGCCCGAAAUUUUAUAAACUGGGCUUUGAAGAGGUUAUUAGGAAUGGCUAUAACCUGCCUGUUGAUGCCAUCGCAGUAAAAGCAGCCAAGGCCUCCAGGGACAUUGCCAGUAAUUACAAGUACCUUACGGGUUACCGCAAGCAAGUUGGACACCACAUUGGAGCACUGAGCGUCCAAGAUGACCCAUUGAUGGUGCUGGCUUUGAACUCGGCUAAGAUUGCCAGUGAUGCGCUCUACAAGAAGGACUUCAACCAAUCCAAGACUAAAUUCAACCUCCCAGCAGACAUGCUGUCCAUUGAGCAGGCCAAGAAGUGCCAGAUUCAGGUCAAUGAUGACAAGUAUAGAACAUACCUGCACAACUGGACCUGUCUGCCUGACUCCAAUGAUGUCGUCCAGGCCAGGAAAGUGUAUGACCUGCGCAGUGAUAUUGUGUACAAGGCUGACAUGGAAUGGAUACGAGGCACAGGCUGGGUCCCCGUUGGCUCACUGGAUGUGGAGAAGACGAAGAAGGCCGCAGAGAUCCUGAGUGAACGUCUAUAUCGCCAGAAACCAGAAACCUUCAAAUACACAAGCGAUAUACAUGCAAUGCCAAUAGUCUUGGCAAAAGCAAAUGCCGAUAUUAUUAACAAGAAAUUGUAUAAUGCAGCUUGGGAGAAGGACAAGCUGACCGUUCACAUGAUGCCAGAUCUUCCCGAGAUUGUUCUAUCAAAGAGCAAUGCUGCCAACCUCAGCAAGAAACUUUACCGCCAAGGCUGGGAGGAGGCUAUCAGAAAAGGCCAUGACAUCAAACCCGAUGCUGUAUUCAUCAAAGCUGCCAAGGCCUCCAGAGAUAUCAUCAGUGAUUACAAAUACAAGACAGGAUACCGCAAGCAGGUUGGACACCACAUUGGAGCACUGAGCGUCCAAGAUGACCCUCUGAUGAUGCUGGCUUUGAACUCGGCUAAGAUUGCCAGUGAUGCGCUCUACAAGAAGGACUUCAACCAAUCCAAGACUAAAUUCAACCUCCCAGCAGACAUGCUGUCCAUUGAGCAGGCCAAGAAGUGCCAGAUUCAGGUCAAUGAUGACAAGUAUAGAACAUACCUGCACAACUGGACAUGUCUGCCUGACUCCAAUGAUGUCGUCCAGGCCAGGAAAGCAUAUGAUCUGCGCAGUGACAUUGUGUACAAGGCUGACAUGGAAUGGAUACGGGGUGUGGGAUGGGUUCCCAACGGCUCACUGGAAGUUGAGAAAGCCAAGAAGGCAGCAGAGAUCCUGAGUGACAGGAAAUACCGCCAGCAUCCCACCACUUUCAAGUUCACCAGCAAGACAGAUGCCAUGCCUUUUGUUCUGGCCCAAGCCAGUAAUCACUUAAUGAAUCAGAGAGCUUACCGUGAGGUCUGGGAUAAGGACAAGCUCAAUAUCCACAUUAUGCCUGACACACCUGAGAUUAUACUGGCCCAACAGAACAAGUUCAACACCAGCCUGAAACAUUACAAAGAAGGCUAUCAAGAUGUUAUCAAUAAGGGUUACCACUUACCCAAGGAUUCCGUCUCCGUCGUUGCAGCCAAAGCCUCUAGGGACAUCGCCAGUGACUACAAAUACAAGGCAGGAUACCGCAAGCAACAAGGACACCACAUUGGAGCUCUCAAAAUCCAGGAUGACCCUUUGAUCAUGAAUGCCGCCAAUGCUGCAAAAAUACACAGCGACCUCCAUUACAAGCACGAAUUUAACAAGACCAAGACUAAGUACAACCUCCCAGUAAACACGCUGGCCUUGGCUAUGGCCAAGCAAUGCCAACACCAAAUCAGUGAGACCAACUACAGGACUUACCUGCACAACUGGACAUUGCUGCCUGACGCUACUGAUUUGGUCCAAGCUAGGAAGGUGUAUGAACUGCAUAGUGAUAUUGCGUACCAAGCAGACUUGCAGUGGGUGCGUGGUUGUGGCUGGAUGCCACAGGGCUCCCUGGAUGUGAACAAGGCCAAGAAUGCUCAAACCAUUCUCAACGACAGACUCUAUCGCCAGCACCCCAGCACCGUCAAGUUCACCAGUGCUGUUGACCUUCCCGCCAUUGUUUUGUCUAAGCAAAAUUUAGAAAACAUCAGUGAUUGGAAAUACCGAGCAAAGUGGGAUCAGGACAAGAAUACAAUUCACAUGCAGCCUGAUACACCCGCCAUUGAACUGGCCAAGCUCAAUGCCAUCAGUGUCAGCAAUAAAAUGUACACUCAUGCCUGGGACAGCCAGAAGGCCAAGGGAUACCAUGUUAAGCAAGAUGCUAUCUCCAUCCUGAGUGCCAAAGCUUCCAGAGACAUUGCCAGUGAUUACAAAUACAAGACAGGUUACCGCAAGCAGGUUGGACACCACAUUGGAGCGCGCAGCGUCCAAGAUGACCCAUUGAUGAUGCUGGCUGUGAACUCGGCUAAGAUUGCCAGUGAUGCUCUCUACAAGAAGGACUUCAACCAGUCAAAGACUAGAUUUCAUCUCCCAGUGGACAUGCUGUCCAUUGAGCAAGCCAAGAAGUGCCAGAUUCAGGUCAAUGAUGACAAAUAUAGAACAUACCUGCACAACUGGACCUGUCUGCCUGACUCCAAUGAUGUCGUCCAGGCCAGGAAAGCGUAUGAUCUGCGCAGUGACGCCGUUUACAAGUCGGACAUGGAAUGGCUGAAGGGAAUUGGAUGGGUCCCACAUGAGUCCUUGGAGGUGCUCAAAGUGAAGAAUGCCCAGAGUAUCCUGGCUGAUAGAGGCUACCGAGUCAAGCUUGAUGAGCAGAAGUUUGUCGCUCCCGUUGACAGGAUGGACUUAGUCUGCGCCAAAAAUGCUGCGGAAAUCCUCAAUGAUGCAAAAUACCGUGAGAGGUGGCACAAGGACAAAUUGAAGUUCACCAUGCUGGAUACCCCUCUGUUCUCAACUGCCAGAGAGGCUGCUAAAAACAUCAAUAUGAAAUUGUACCAUAUGGACUGGGACAAACAGAAAGUGAAAAACUACUUUAUACCCCCAGACGCUGUGGGCAUCCAGCAAUGCAAAAACGCUUCACGUAUUCAGAGUGCUUACAAAUACCUGGCGGGAUACCGCAAGCAGGUUGGACACCACAUUGGAGCACGCAGUAUCCAAGAUGACCCCUUGCUCAUGUUGGCCUUGAACUCGGCUAAGAUUGCCAGUGAUGCGCUCUACAAGAAGGACUUCAACCUGUCCAAGACUAAAUUCAACCUCCCAGCAGACAUGCUGACAAUUGAGCUGGCUAAGAAGUGCCAGAUGCAGGUCAAUGACGACAAUUAUAGAACCCGCCUGCACAACUGGACCUGUCUGCCUGACCAGAACGAUGUCAUCCAGGCCAGGAAAGCCUAUGAUCUCAACAGUGAUGUUAUUUACAAAGCAGACAUGGAAUGGAUUCGUGGGUGCGGCUGGGUAGCUAUGGACUCUGUGGAUCAUGUCAAAGUUAGAAAGGCCCAGGAGCUCCUUAAUGAAAGAGAGUACACUAAGGAUGCCAAAGACAACUUUGGGAAAUACACCCUCAUUGUUGACCGUCCAGAAGUUGUCUUAGCCAAGAUCAAUCAUUUCAACCUGAGUGAUCUGAAGUACAAAGAGAGCUUCAACUUGGAGAAGGGUAGGUACAUCGGCUCUGAAGACACUCCCCAGCUAGCACACUCCAGGGAGGUGGCAAAGUACCUCAGCGAGAAAGUUUACAAAUCGCAAUGGGACAACAGCAAAGCCACAGGCUAUCAGCUGGACCAGAAAUACAUACCUCUGGUGGGGGCCAAGAACAGCCGUAACAUCGCCAGUCAGGUGAAAUACGUGGAAGCUCAUGAAAAUGCCAAGGGCCAUUACAUGGCCAACACAACUGUAGACUUCCCCGAGGUGGUGCGCUGUGCCGAAGUGGAGAAGAUGAAGCCCAUGAGAUUCUACCACGAGGACUACGAGGCGAUAAAGACCAAGCUGCACAUCCCCCAUGACAUGAUCAGCCACGUGGUGGCCAAGCGCUGCCAGGACAUCCUCAGUGACGUCCUGUACCGGACCCGCCUGCACCAGUGGACCUGCCACCCCGACCAGAACGACGUCAUCCGCGCCCGUGCCUCCAACGAGAUCCUGAGUGACAUAUACUAUAAAGAGGACCUGAACUGGAUGAAGGGCAUGGGCUGCUACGUUUGGGACACGCCAGAGAUCCUGCGAGCCAAGCAGGCCUACGAGCUGCAGAGUGACCUGAAGUACAAAGCCGAGGGAAAGAAGGAAUUCAGUAACUUCUCCAUUGUGACGGACACCCCGGUCUACGUCACUGCUAUCCUGGGCCACACCUGGGCCAGCGAUCUGAACUACCGCGAAGCUUACAACAAUGAGAAGCACUUGUACACGACUAUCCUGGACACCUAUGACUACCUGAGAUGCCAUGACCUGAAGUACCUGUACAGCAAUAAAGUCUAUACUGCUGCCUGGGACAAGGUCAAGGCUAGUGGCUACACCACGCCAGUAGAUGCCCAUUCCAUGGUCCAUGCUAAACGGCAGAAGGUCAUCCAGAGCAAUGUGAAGUACCGUGAGGACUAUGAGAAGUUUAAGUCCCUGUACACUUUGCCCAAAUCCCUGGAGGAGGACCCCAAUGCAUCACGGUGCAUCCGCUCUGGAAAGCUCAUCCUUGAUCGUCUGUAUAAAGACCAGUAUGAGCACAGUAAGGCGAAGAUUCACAUUCCUCCUGACAUGCUGGACGUAGUGACUUCCCGCGAUACCCAGAAGAGUGUCAGCGAGAUUGGCUACCGCACGUAUCUGCAUGAGUGGACCUGCCUGCCUGACAUGCAGGUGUACCUCCAGGCCCGCAAGGUCAACGAGCAGCUCAGCGACGUCUUCUACAAGGAUGACAUGAACUGGCUGAAGGGGAUUGGAUGUAAUGUCUGGGACACCCCUGAGAUCCUGCGCUGCAAGCACGCUGUUGACCUGCAGAGUGUGAAUAAAUACAAAAAGAAGGGAUUGGAGCAUUUUAAGAACUACACCGUCGUGCUGGACACCCCUGUGUACGAAACCUGCAAGCAGAGCGCUGUAAUCCUCAGUGAUCAUAAUUACCGUGGAGACUAUGAAACCAAUCUGAAGGGCACUAACACUGCUCCUGCUGUGACCGUCGACACAGAGAGAGUGCGCUUGGCCAACUACAUACAGAGUGAUAACAUCUAUAAAGAUGCCAAUAAGAAGAGCAUGCCCACUGGAUACUCCAUCCCGCCUGACACUCCCCUCAUCAAACAGGCCAAGCUCAACAGCCACAUCAGCAGUGAAGUGAAGUACAAGGAAGCUCAUGAACUGAAUAAGGCCCACGCCUACACAAUCGUUCCCGAUGGCGUCAACUUUGUCAACUACAGGAAAGUCAAUCAGAUCAUCAACGAUCGCCUGUACCGCGAACAGUACGAACGGGAGAAGGACAAGAUCCACCCCGCCCACGACACACCUGAGAUCAAGCAGGUGAAGGCCACCCAGGAGGCCAUCAGUGACGUGUGCUACAAGGAGAAGUACUUCAACGAAAGAGGAAACUACAUCUCUCUGCCUAUCACGCCACAGCUGAUGCACUGUUCCCACGUCAACGAGAUCACCAGCGAUAUCAAAUACAAAGAGGACCUGAACUGGCUGAGGGGCUUUGGCUGCUUCCUGUAUGACACCCCUGAGAUGGUGCACGUCCGAAACAUGACCAAGUCACGGUUUGGAUAUAAUACAGAGGCAAAGAAGCUGCACGUUCACCCCACUGUGGUGCUGGAAACCCCAGAGUACCAGCGCGUGACUGAGCUCAAGACUCAUUUGAGUGAGCUGGUGUACAGAGCUCAAGGAAAUGUGGAGAAGACCAAGAGCACCACCUCAGGAGACAGUGUGGAAAUGCAGCGAGCCAAGUGGGCACAGGAACUGACCAAUAAGUAUCUGUACAUAGGCGUGGCCGCUAAAGAGCGGGCCUUCUUCACGCCGGAGAUCGAGACGCCCAACAUGACGCACUCCCGGUACAUGAAGGGCAUGAUCAGCGACAUCAAAUACAAGAGCCAGUAUGAGAAGUUGAAGGACAGGUACACCGCCAUCGCUGACACACCUAUGCUGGUGCGAGCCAAGAAGUCCUACCUGAACGCCAGUGACCUGCGCUACAAGGAGGCCUUCCAGCAGACCAGGGGACAUUACCGCACCGUGAAGGACGCUCUGGACAUUACCUACCACCGCAGGGUCACCGACGACGUCAGUGAGGUGCAGUACAGAAAUAAGUAUAUCCUCUCUCGGGGUCUGUGGAGGUCCAUCCCCGACCGGCCAGAGCUCUUCCACCACAGGAUUGUGGCCGACCACGUUAGCGAUGUGAAGUACAAAGAGGACCUGACUUGGCUGAAGGGAAUUGGGUGCUACGUUUGGGACACCCCUGAUCUUCUGCACGCAGAGAACAAUAAGAAGCUCUACAGUGGGACACUGUACAAAGCGUCAUUUGAGAAGAACAGAAUGAACUUUAAAUACACCAGCGAUACUCCCUUCUUCCGGACUGCCAAGCACGCCAACCACCUCGUCGAUAAUAGGUCGUACAGAGCAGUGUACGAGAAGACCAAGGACAAGUACACAUCGGUUCUUGAUGAUCCCAGAUACAUCCUGGCUAGAGAAGCCAAAGGGCGGAGCCUGUUGAAGUACAAAGAGCUGUAUGAGCGUAACAAAGACAAGUUCACGUCUAUUCUGGACACGCCGAUACACAAAGUCCACGUGCGCAGCAAACAGGGCAGCGACAUCAAGUACAAGUUGGAAUACCACAAGACCAAGGCUAAGGGGUACACCCUAGGCCAUGACACCCCAUUCCAGCAUCAUGUGAAGAAGGCAGGAGACAUUCAGAACAUGUUGAAAUACAAGGAGCUGUAUGAGAAGAACAAAGCUCACAUCAACCUGGACCCAGCAGCGUUUGAAAUCCGGGCAGCGAAGGAAGCCUACACAAACACCAGCAAUCUUGACUACAAGAGGAAGUAUGAAGCCACAAAGUGGAAGUGGAACUGGACCCCGGACAGGCCAGACUUCAUUCACCACUUGAAGACCUCUUUCCAGCAGAGCGAUGUUGAGUACAAGUAUGACAGGGAGAUGCUGAAGGGCUGCAAGAUCUCUGUGCCAGAAGAUAAGAACCUGGAGCUGGCCAAGAACAACACUCAGAUCACCAGCGAACUAAAAUAUAAGUUGAAGUAUGAGAAGGCAAGGGGACAGUGCAUACCAGUGCCAGACACUCCCCAGAUCCUCCAUGCUAAAUCUGUGUCCUCCUUGUCCUCUGAGACUAAAUACAAAGCAGCUAGUAAGAAGGAUCGCCAGUCUGGAUCCUUCACCACCCUGCCCCAGACACGUGAUACUAACCACAGCAAGCAAGUGUCCAAGCUUGUCAGCAAGAUACAGUACAAGGAGAAAUUUGAGAAGGAGAAAGGCAAGUCCAAGUACAACAGCAUGCUGGCUCCGCCAGACGUCAAGCACGCCAUGGACGUCAUGAAGAACCAGAGCAGCGUGGCUUACAAGCGGGACGCUAAGACCAAGCAGCACUACACCCCAGUGGCUGACCGUCCUGACAUCAACAGGGCCACCCAUACGGCCAAACUCGUCAGUGAGAUUGGCUAUCGUGAAAAGGCCUGGAAGGAAGCGCACCUCGGUGGAUCCAAGAAGGAACGUCCCGACAUCACCCGGGCAACUGAGGUGUCCAAGCUGACCAGCGAGCUGAAGUACAAGGAGAAGUUUGACAAAGAGAUGAAGGGAAUGCGACCCAAGUAUGAUCUGAAGAACAGCAUGGUGUAUGAGACCAUGAAGGGGGCCAACGAUCUGGCUAGUGUGGUGAAGUACAAGGGUGACCUGAAGAAGCUCCACAAACCGGUGACAGAUAUGGCCGAGUCCCUGUCUAUGCAGCACGGCCUGAGCACCAGCAGGCUGUCCAGUGAAGUGAAGUACAAGGAGAGGUAUGUGAAGGAGCGGGGCAAGGCUAUGCUGGACUUUGAGACACCCACCUACGUCUCAGCCAAGGAGGCCCAGCAUAUGCAAAGCGAGAAAGAGUACAAGAAGUCGCUUGAAUUGGAGAUCAAGGGCAAGGGAAUGUUGGCUUUGGCUACAGACACUCCAGACAUGCUGAGGGCAAGGAACGCUACAGACAUCCUCAACCAGGCUAAGUACAAGCAGACUGCUGUGCAGGAACGUGCAAGCUUCACCUCUGUGCUGGACACCCCUGACAUCCUCCAUGCCCAGCAGAUGAAGACCAUGGUCAGCCAGAAAAAGUACAAGGAGGAGGCUGAGAAGACCAUGUCCCACUAUGUUCCUGUUCUGGAUACUCCAGAGAUGCAGAGGGUCCGUGAGAACCAGAAGAACUUCAGCAGUGUGUUGUAUAAGGAAGUUACUGCCAAGGGCACCCCCGUGGUGUUCACUCCAGAGAUGGAAAGAGUCAAGCGCAUCCAGGGACACAUUAGCUCGGUGUUUUAUAAGGACGUUACUGCCAAGGGCACCCCCGUGGUGUUCACUCCAGAGAUGGAAAGAGUCAAGCGCAUCCAGAGGCACAUUAGCUCGGUGCUGUACAAGGACGCAUCCGCCAAGGGCACGCCAAUGGUGUACACUCCGGAGAUGGAAAGGGUGAAGCGCACCCAGGAGAACAUUAGCUCGGUGCUGUAUUCAGACAGCUUCCGUAAGCAAGUCCAGGGGAAGGCUGCCUUCGUUCUGGACACGCCCGAGUUGAGGCGUGUCAGGGAGACCCAGCGCAUAAUCUCUGGAGUGAAGUACCACCAGGAGUUUGAGAAGAGCAAAGGCAGCUUCACCCCAGUGGUGUCUGAUCUGGUGAUGGAGCGUGUGAAGAAGAACACGCAGGACUUCAGCGACAUCAACUACCGCGGCAUCCAGAGGCGUGUGGUGGAGAUGGAGAGGAGGAGGGCAAUUGAGCACGACCACGAAACCACCACAGACCUGCGUGUGUGGCGCACUAACCCUGGCUCUGUCUUUGACUACGACCCUGCCGAGGACAACAUCCAGUCCAGGAGUCUGCACAUGAUGUCAGUCCAGGUCCACCGCCGCAGCAAGGAGCACUCCCGCUCCACCAGCGCCAUGAGUGCCGGGGACGAGCGGUCCGAGCCUUCUGAGGGUCUGGAGCACCGCCUGUCCCUGUACAGCGAGGGCUUUGGCGCCUCCUCCACAGGCUACACCCAAACCAAGACCGUGGAGCUGCAGCAACGCUCCUCCUCUGUGGCCACCCAGCAGACCGCCGUGUCCUCCGUGCCCUCCCAGCCUUCUACCACCGGGAAAACCGUCCGCGCCAUGUAUGACUACAUGGGCGCGGAUAACGACGAGGUGUGCUUCAAGGACGGCGACGUCAUUGUCAACGUCCAGUCCAUCGACGAGGGCUGGAUGUAUGGCACCGUGCAACGAACCGGCAAGACGGGCAUGCUGCCAGCCAAUUACGUGGAGGCCAUCUAAACGGAAGUCCUGCCCCCCACCCCAACCCUCCCGCUCACCCCCCAGAGUGGGUAUGGCACACAUCCAUGAAGUGAAAAGCUUGCCACUUACACACCAUCUUGGGUAGUUAGUGAAGAUGGAUUCAUUUAAUGUGUUUCAUGCUGCAUUGUGAUGUCACAGGAUAGUAUAGGGUUGUGGUACAGAUGAUGGGACACGAAUGAAUAACCAUAUAUUUGGUUAAUCAUUGGUGUCCCAUCAGCAUCACAGGGGGAAGAAACACAUCUCCACAGUCUGUUGUAGAAUACAUAUAUCCAAACCAAGGAAGGCAGAGAGAAAGUGAGAAAGAGCCUGUAAUUUUGUAUAUGAAACCAUGUGCAAGCACCAUGUUCAAUAUUGGUGUAAUGAAAAUGAAUUUUAGUCUUUGAACGCUUACACAUACAAAAAGGGAUGGUCUCAGUUGCUGCACACAAACUUUUCUAUGCUUUCUUCUUGAAAGGACACACGUAGAAACAUUAUCAAACAUUAUCUCUGAAACAAAAAUGAAACGUAAGAAAACUGAAAAGGGAAGAGAAGACAAAGCUGGCAGAUCUUGAAGUCAAACCAGGGCUGAAGAGUUAAGAGGAGCCUCCUCCCUCCAUUGCUGAAGGCUGGCCACUAGUGCAUGUGUGUUUGGGCCUGGGGGAUUGAAGGGAGCCAUGUAACCAGAAGCAGUAGCUAAUAAAGCACACAGUUUCCGCAGCACUCUA